CAAAGGCUACAGUGCGCGCUAGUCUGGCGCGCGCAUUGCACGUCGAGUCGACCCUAAAAGAGAUCAAAUCAGCGGCUCUACAAACGAAAAUUAUAAAGCUACGUUUGUAGCGAUGCGUCGAUUCUAGUUCUUACUUAACUUAUAACACAUUCCAUAAGUGAUAUUCAGAAGUGAUAUUUUUAUUUAUUAAAUAGAAUAUAUAGUGUAGAAAUCAAGAUGUUCAAAUAUAUAUUUUGUUUUGCGGUUUUAAUUUGCCAUGGAUAUGCCGAAAUAUUAAAUUUGGCGGGUGGCUCCAAGUCCAAUUAUACAUUCCCGAAAGGCUUCCUCUUUGGAGUCUCUACCGCAGCCAUACAAAUCGAAGGAGCAUGGAACUUAGAUGGAAAAACUGAAAGUAUAUGGGAUCGCUUAGUGCGGGUAGAUAAAAAUUUUACCAAAGACGGUUCCACGCCUGAUGUGGCAGCUGACUCCUACCACUUGUACAAAAGGGAUGCUGAGAUGAUCCACGAGCUUGGUGUGGAUAUCUACAGGUUCUCGAUAUCCUGGCCGAGGAUACUACCAAGCGGUUUAGCCAACACAGUGAACCCGCUCGGUAUACAGUAUUAUAAAAACCUAAUAAGUGAACUCGAGAGGUAUAACAUAACUCCGAUGGUGACCAUAUACCACUGGGACUUGCCUCAGAAACUUCAGGACAUCGGCGGCUGGACGAACGCUCACAUAGUCGACUACUACACUGAUUAUGCUAACGUACUGUUUGAGAACUUUGCUGAUAAAGUAAAGUACUGGGUCACUUUCAACGAGCCGAUGCAGACUUGCCUUGAGGGCUAUGGGAGUACGUACAGAGCUCCUGCUUUGAACCGUCAUGGUGUUGCCGAAUACCUGUGUACUCACAAUCUACUGAAAGCACAUGCGAGCGUAUAUCAUUUGUUCGACAAACAGUAUCGUCCACUGUACGGAGGUAAAAUCGGUCUGUCUUUAGACUCAAAUUGGGCAGAACCCAAAACUAAUUCUUCGAGUGACAAAGAAGCGGCGGAGCUUUACUUACGGACCCAUCUGGGAUGGUAUGCACAUCCGGUGUAUUCAGCAGAUGGGAACUAUCCACCUGAGUUGAUAAAGCUCGUAGACGAGAAGAGUCGCCUGCAAAACUAUAGCCGUUCCCGCUUGCCCAAGUUCACACCUGAGGAAGUCACAUACAUCCAAGGCACCGCAGAUUUCUUCGGUCUCAACCACUACACCACUUACUUGCUCAGUAUGGCCGACGGUGAAGUGGGAAGAAUACCCUCACACGAAAAUGAUGUUGGGAUCGUCCGAGUUCAAGACCCGAAGUGGCCUUCGAAGAGUUCUUCCUCUUGGCUUAAGGUGGUACCAUUCGGCUUCCGUCGCCUUGUCCAAUGGAUCAGCAAGACCUACAACAAUGUGCCCAUCAUCGUGACGGAGAACGGCUACGCUGACUUCAGCGGCGUGGACGAUGAAGCUCGCGUGUCGUAUUACUCCCACUAUCUGAACUCCUUGCUUCACGCGAUACAUGAGGACAAAAGUAACGUGCAAGGUUACUUCGCGUGGAGUUUGAUGGACAAUUGGGAGUGGGACGACGGUUAUGUGUCCCGCUUCGGUCUUUACUUGGUCGAUUUCAACAGUCCAAACAAGACUCGGACACCGAAGCGUUCGGCGAAGUUAUACGCGAGGGUCGUCUCCUCGCGAGGCCUGCCCCCGGACUACGACCCUGACGACUUUACCGCCUUCUCCGGCGCCUCCAUGCUCGUCCCGACGAUACUCCCCAUGUUACCUCUCUAUAGGCUACUUGUAUGACACGUUACAUAACUAAGUACGUAUGUAAAACUAUCAUUACAAUAAUUAUUGUUCAACACCUUAACUUUCGUUUUAACUUGAUCCCUAAUGGACAGAGACGGGGAAGUUUUCCUAUGGAUCAGAUACAUAAAAUGAAAUUGUUGUUGUGACUUAGGUACUACUGGCUGGGACGGAUAAGAAGUAAUAUUAUUGUACCAACCUAGAUAUUAUUUAUUAAGUUUUAUUGUGGUUUGUGAAAGUAAAUACUUAA